ACCCUAUAUACACUGUACUUCCCUUGGGAUUGAGUUUAACUAAAACCAUGGCUGACAAACAAUCACUUACACUCGCUUUCUCUCUCAUCCUCCUCCUCUCUCUCUCCUCCGCCCGUCUCCUCCCCAACACCACCGCCGUCGAUCUCAUCUCCGACGGCUCCACCCAAUCUCAGCCGUUGCUCAGGCUCUACGCCACCUCAGAGGCGAAAGAGUGCGAGGAAACCUACGGCUUCUUGCCCUGCACGACCACAGUGUUGGGGAACUUGUUUCUGAUACUAGGCUAUGGAUAUCUCAUGUUUCUUGCAGCUACUUAUCUUUCGGCGGGGAGUGAGUUGCUGUUGGAGAUUCUUGGGCCGGGGAUUGUUGGGGGGCUGUUUUUGCCUGUUCUUGGCGCUCUUCCUGAUGCCAUGCUCAUUCUUGUCUCUGGGAUAUCUGGGACUGUAGAAACUGCUCAAGUUCAGGUUUCGGUGGGAAUGGGGUUGCUAGCUGGAUCCACGGUGAUGCUUCUUACAGUAAUAUGGGGAACCUGUGUUGUUGUUGGCAAGUGUGACAUAGAAGACUCUGUUGCCAUUGAUGGGAAGGAUACUAGAGGACUUAGCUUAACAGGUUCUGGUGUUACUGCUGAUAUCUGGACAAGCUAUGCUGCAAUGAUAAUGGCUGUAUCUAUACUACCCUUUUUAGUCGUACAACUUCCUCAAGUGUUGCAUUCAACUUCUGGUAGACAUUUGGCAGUGUUGAUUGCACUUGUUAUCUCGGUGUCGCUACUGAUCUCGUAUUGCCUAUAUCAGGUUUUUCAGCCUUGGAUCCAGCGAAGAAGGAUCGACUACGCAAAACAUAAACAUGUAAUAUCUGGAGUUCUGAAACAUCUAAAAAUGCGUGCACUGGGAAGGCUACUAAAUGAACGAGGAGAACCCAAUAGAGAAGUAAUAGAAAAACUUUUCAUGGCAAUAGAUACGGAUCAUGAUAAUUUUCUUUCAGCUUCUGAAUUGAGAGCUCUGAUUCUUGGUAUCCGCUUUGAUGAGAUAAAUUUGAAUGAAGAUGACGCGUCAGCAAAAUUAUUGAAAGAUUUUGACUCAACUUUAGAUGAAAAGAUUGACCUGGACGAAUUCAUCUGUGGAAUUAAAAAUUGGCUUGAUGAGGCAAUGGGCUUAAGGGAUUCUUCUCCUCAGGACACUGCUGGUGGUGAAACAAUUAAGCACCUUACUCGCUAUCAUGAGCAAACGAAAAGAGAGCAUUUUCUUCUAGGGGAUCAAAGUGAUGAGGUUGUUGAGGGUGUAGAAAACCCCCAGUGGACGACCAUAAAAGCUGUACUACUGUUGUUACUGGGAGCUGUUAUCGCAGCUGCAUUUGCUGAUCCUCUAGUAGAUGCUGUUGAUAAUUUCUCUAGUGCUACAAGCAUCCCUUCUUUCUUCAUAUCAUUUAUAGCUCUUCCUUUUGCAACCAACUCCAGUGAGGCAGUGUCAGCUAUAAUCUUUGCUAGCCGAAAGAAGUUGCGUUCUGCAUCUUUGACAUUUUCAGAGUUGUAUGGAGCCGUAACUAUGAAUAAUAUACUCUGUCUGUCGGUUUUCUUGGCCCUUGUUUAUGUUAGAGGGCUGGUAUGGGACUUCUCCUCAGAAGUGCUGGUAAUUCUUAUUGUCUGCAUUGUGAUGGGCGCACUUGGUAGCGUCCGCACCACCUUCCCUCUAUGGACAAGUUCGAUUGCCUUCCUGCUUUACCCAUUCUCUCUGGCACUUGUUUAUGUUCUUGACUAUAUGUUCGGUUGGUCAUAACUAUCUACAUCGCGGUGCUACUCUGUUUUGCAUAUUGUAUGUGUGUUUUCGGUGGCAGUAGUCACGAUAGUGACCAAGAAAAAACAGCCAGGUUGUGUAACGGCAAAUUUUGUAGAUACAAGAGAGCCAUGGCAUCUGUGUUCAAACUUCUGUUACUGUCAUUAUGUUAAUAAACACGUCUUUAUCAAGCUA